AUGUGUAUAAAAUGUGUAUUUAAAUAUGGCGUUUGACAAAUGUCUACAAGUUGGUAGAAGUGUUUCGAAUUUUUUUUUUGCGCUGUGUUUCUAGCAGAGUAGCAGCCGUCCUUUUCUAUUCGUACACGUUUUUUGACGCUGUACAUCCAAAUCAAAUAGCAAAAACUCACAAUGCCAAAAGAAAUCAAACAAAUCAAAGACUUCUUGGUGACAGCCAGAAGGAAGGAUGCUAAAUCUGUUAAAAUAAAGAAGAAUGCUGAAAAUGUCAAAUUCAAGGUCAGAUGCUCCAGAUUCUUGUACACCCUUGUAAUCACAGACAAGGAAAAGGCUGAAAAAUUGAAGCAAUCACUUCCACCAGGUCUUCAAGUUAAAGAAGUCAAAAAAGCUAAUGAAAAAAUGUAAUAACUAAAAAUAAAUAAAUCAUCUUUUGG